AUUCUGACUUCUUUGAUCUCAAUAAACUAAACAAACUUAAUCUGUUCUUUAAUUGGCUUCUAAUCUGUUCUUAACAAAUUUCCAGGUUCUUCAAACUGAUCGAUUUUGUAGGUUUUGUUGUUUGAUCACUUGGAAAUUUCUCUUUGUUUAGUCAUGGCUGCCAGAGCAUCCACAUACUGGAGAACAAUGCUGAAAAGAAUUGAAGGAAACAGGAUGUUUGUGACGUCCACCGUCCCAAAGUCGAAACCUGCAGUUGCAGCGAUUCCUCAUCAUGCGCAACACGUCGUGACCAAUCCUCAUUCUAACAAGCCAAGAGGGGCAGCAAGUCCAAUGAAGGGGGAUUAUGUACCGAUUUACGUGACAAUGGGUAUGGUUGUGUUGGCCCUUACGUUUGGAGCACACACCGCCAAACAGCAACUGGUUUACUCGCCAUCUGUGCAAGUAAGCAAGAAGAAAAGGGAAACACUGCCCGAGUUGGAACAACCUGAUUAUGUGAUCGGAGAGACUGAUAAAUUCAUCGGCAAGUCGUUUCUGAGGAAAGUUGGUCACAUUCAGGAUCCCAACUCUGCUACCAUCCCUAAUCCAAUCCGUGGUGACAUUUACACAAGCCCCAGGAAGACGGAAAGCUUGAAAUCAGUGGGACUCUGAACUUCAAAGACGAAGUAUUAAGUUCGGUUUUUGCAAUUUAAAGGGUUUUGCGUAGGAGUAAUGUAUGUAUGUAUCAACUCUUUGACUUGAUUGUUGAAGGAGUAGUUUUUACUAUUUAACGAAAUUCCAUCCUUCGUUGUAUCACUCCCUUCUCUAUAGUGAGAUAGCGAGAGUGAGCUAAAGCGAUGAUGAUGAAAGAUUCUAUCAUGCGUCCAAUGUAGACGCCAUUCUACUGGUGGGUGUUGUGUCUUUGUAAAUAAUUUUAUGAAUAAAAUGGACGUUUAUUUAGAAUGUA